UACCAGGACAAAGCUCCAAAAUGAAAUUCCUUAUUGUGGCCGCUGCUCUCCUCGGAGUCUUCCUGACCCAGUCUCAAGCAAAUGAUAAUAUCAAAAUCAACAACUCAGGAAAUGACGGCGGAAGUGUUUCCCAGAAUGUCAAUAUUAACAACCAGGAUAACAUUGCCAGUAUCAACAACAUGAACGGCUGGAACUCCUGGGAUUCCAUCUGUGACUUUGGAAGAGGAUACGCUGCCACCAGACUGUACAACAAGAAGAUCUGCGUUGUCACUAGCAUGAAAAAGGGUUCCUUCCCUACCCUGGCACAGCUGAGCGCCAUUGCCAAGGAUAAAAAGCAGACUGCGCCCAAUGCACAGCUGGUGACCUACACAAUCAACCAGACUCCAAUUGUUAAUAUUGGGGAGUACGGGCAGCACAUUGAAUCUCUCUGCAAAGGGCUUCCAGCUUACACCGCUCAGGAGAUGCCUAAUUUCGAGGAGGGGUUUUCCUUGUGCAAAAGCAACAGUAUCAUCACAGUUUUGGGAAUCAGCUUCUGUUUUUAAGACGUUCAUUCAAACGACCACAGCCUUCUGAGUGGACGCAUUGAGAUGCCCUUUUAAACCUAUUCCACCUGUGGAUUCUCUUGAUAUACUUUCAAUGACAUAUAAUAAAAACAUUGC